AUGUUGACGUCCACGUCGGAUCGCGGAGGCCGGAACCUUCUCGCGAAGGCGGUGCACGGCGGGGCGGCACCGGUGGUGUGCGCCCUGGUGGACAUCCUGCUUGCCUACAAGCUCGCGCCCGCGCAGAGGGUGAAGGUGCUCAGCUCCACCGACUGCAGAAACCAGACUACUUUGAUGGUCGCCGCUCAGUCGGGGCAAGCAGAGAUUGCGCAAGCGGUGAUCAGGCUUGUUGGAGAGGACUGGGUGCCGAACGAUGACGAGGAAGCGGAAUUUGUAACCAAAACAGACAGCCGGGGUCGGAGCGCCCUCUUUUACGCCGUCCUCAGCGGACACACGGCCGUCGUGGAUGCCGUGAUUUCCCUCAUCGAGCGAGCGGUCAAUCCGAUCAUCGACGACUGCCUCCCUUUGGCGAUGUCCGAGGUGCUCAUGUCCAACAGCCAGGUCCCAGGGAACGAGGCCGUCUCGGUGUUUUCGUGCCUUAUCAAGCACGGCGCCGCACCCACGCCAAGGCAGGUGUCACUCGUGGGGAGAAAAGCGGGCUUCGAGGCGGCGAGGAAGUGCUUCCUCGAUGCCGUGUGCUCCGCCGUGAACCCCUUGCUGGUCGGGAUGCGGCUGUCUCUGCUGCUCGCGGAUGCUGCAGGGAUGGGCAAUGAGGGGCAGCGGCAGGUGGCUCUCCGCCUGCAGAAUGAAGUCGAAGACCUCGUCCUUGAAGUGUUCGAGAGGUUGCCGCAGACCGUGGAUGGCUUUCGAGAGGGAGACGUCGGCGGCAGCGGCAUGGAUGCAUGCAGCGUCGUUUUCGCCCCAGAGAAGAUACGGCCACGUGACGAAACCAUCCCGUCCCACUUAUUCCAAGACGGCACCGGCGGAACCCGAGUGGACUCCGGGCCGCUGGAAAUGGCGUUGCAGGCCCGCCACCAGCUUGAGCUGUUCUGCACCCAACCGCUGGUUCUCGAUUACCUAAACCGCGCAUUCACGCGAGGGCUACCGGGUCUCGACGCGUCGGAGACCGGGGCUCAGGAGGCCGACCAAUUCAAGCUUCUCAUGCAGCGGAACGCGUCCGUUCAAGUCAACGCCGGCGACGGUGAGAGCUCGGGAGAGGUAUCGCGGGAACUGCUGGAGGUGCUCGAGGGGUCCCACUCGGUGUUAGGGAGCCUGACACUGUCCGCGGGGAAGCAGUUCAUCCUGGCGCAGGUCGUGGCGCGGCCGGCGUUCAGCUACUCGGUACCCGCCGUGAGGAUGGCGGUCGACCUCCUGGUGUACCUCCUCAUGCUCGCGCUCUUCGCUAAGGACGUCCUCUGGUACAAAGAGGGUACCGUCGAGGUCGGCGAGGUAGUGUUCUUCGUAUACGUACUGGGCGCGAUCCUGGUCGAGAUCACCGAGCUGUGGGACGGGAGGGAGGAGUACAUGAAGGACCAUUGGAACGCUCUGGACGUGGCCGCCUUGGCGUUCUGUGGGGGCGCGUUCCUUGUGCGGGUGUACGACCCGGAGAGCCUGUGGGGGAGAGCCCUGUACUGUGCUGGUGCGCCGCUCCUGCUAUUUCGCACACUCUUUUUCGCGCAGUUCAUGCCGGCGCAGGGACCAAUGAUCGAGGUGAAGGAAGCACGAGGGUACCCAUCAUUUUUACGGGAUUUAGGUUUGUCCCUGAUCAUCUUCAGCCUGGCGGGCGAGCUGCUGAGGUUUUGCACCAUCCUGCUGGUGACAAUGAUGGGCUUCGCAAUGAGCUUUUUCGCUCUCUUCCGGCAUUCCUGCACAGUCGGCUCAUUUCAAACGUAUUGGUCGACGUCCAUCGCGCUGCUACGGGCAAUGCUGGGGGAGACUAAACUGUACGAUGACUUUACCGUAGCCGCGGAGUGCUGCUAUGAUGCCGUUGAGCCAUCGGACGAGUUCCACUGCGAAGACUUCCUGAUGGAAUGCUGUCACAGCGUGGAAUCUGAGCACUUCAACGGCCUCGUCGGAAAGGCUUUGCUGGCCGCCUACAAUGUGGUGAUGGGAAUCAUUCUGCUCAAUCUGCUCAUCGCCGUUCUCUCCGAAGCGUACGUGGACGUCAAGGAGAACAUCGACACUGAGUCCAAGGUGACGAGAACCCUGGUGAUUCGGCACUACAUGAAAGCUGUCGAUCAGGACAUGCUUCCGCCCCCUCUGAACCUGAUCCAGCACGCCGUGUCGACGCUGGCGAUGCUCUUCGGCUCCCUCAUGGGUAAGACGGGGGUCUUCCGGAAAGCGGAGUUCUACUCGGGACUAGUGCUGUUCUGGUUCGUGUCCGGCCUUUUCGCAGUGCUCGCCGGAUCGAUACUGUGGGCCAUCUCCUGGCCGAGAGGGGUAUUCAUGUUCUUCCUGCGACGGUCAUCACACAGCGGUAGGGUCUCGGGGAGCGCUCAGCUGGUCGCUCUCUUCUGCGGCGUGGCAAUGCCGCUGUUGAUGCUGUACAAGUGGCUGUGGACGUCGACGUGCGGAGCACUGUGGCGGCAUCUGGUGGAUGGCGGCGCUUGGUCGAACGACGGCGGGGCCAGUGCGGGCUACGACGAGAUCCGAAGCGAUGGUAGCAGAAGACCCCGGCCGCACGACGACGGUAUCAUCGGGAAGACACUGGAGCGUUACGGCGGCACGGCGGGACAGGGGGGCGCUCUCAACGUGCACCAGCUUCGAGAGUUCUUGGCGAACCCGAUGAAGGACCCCGUGGUCCAGCGGGACGAGGAGACGAGGGAGACCACAGUAGAGCACGUAAAGCUGUUGAGAGACAACCUCACGGAUAUGGUCGGCGAGAGGGUGGGCGAGCUCGAUGCAGCCGCGACGGCGAGGUUUCAGAGCUUGGAGACCAGUAUGGACGGCCGCGUGGACGCGCUGUCGGAGAAGGUGGACAGAGUUGAUGAAAAGCUGGCGGAAAUCUUGCGUAAGUUGGAUGGUGCCACCUGAAGCAGCUUUCAAAGGACCUCGUUUUUGGUCGGGAACCUCGUUCAUUUGGUUUUGCGUUGGGAUGUAGCAUUGACGCACGUGCAAUAUGUCGUGGCGGUUUCCAGUUCUACGAGAGUUUGUGCUGUUUGGGAGCAAUUGAUGCGUAUUUCCACACGCGAACGUUGCUUGGCUGUACUGCUGAAUGGGAUAUUGGGUGGGAAUUGUGACGUUGUAAGCAUUGUAUCGGCUUUCACGUGUUUCUGUUUGUGCACUCCCGAGUGCUUUCCCGGUGGUUUCCUAGAACCGCCAUCCCAUGUGCCGUUCUCCAUAGUGUACCAAGUAGGUGCGGUGGGAAGCAUUCUCCCGUUACCUGAACCAUUGGAUAAUUCGGCUUGGUCGUCACGACUCCACCUUGGGUUGGGUUCAGGACCUUUCAUUGCAUUUUUUUUUUUUUUGAGUUUGCAGCAGAGGCAGUCGUCACCCAUCAAUCCACACGUGCGUAUUCCUUUCAUGUUUUCUACUACGGAGUACGAUGUAUACAAACUUCGAAAAUUUACGAUAUUUGCAGCAUGCAUGCGUCGCCAGAGUACACUCGAGAUGGGAACCCAUGGCUAGAUGCAACGUCGGCGGCGGGGUGAAUCGUCAACGCUCAGUAUUUAUUACCGUUGAAUUUUUACAGGGUGCCGAUCAGAGGUCUGUCACGAAGGCACGAUCUGGCAGGUGUGGCAGCCUCUGAUAGAGCAUAGUCCUUAACGCAUGUAGAGAUGUUUUUUUCCGCGGAAUCUCGUUCUGUUGGAACGAUAGGUGACAAAGAUUGCGGACAUUAAAGCGCCAUUGAACGUGACGAUUGGACGCCUCUGCAGAUCGUGUACACGACCGUGUU